CAACUCCGCAUUAAAAAAAAAAAAAAGUUCAUCUCCAACUUGUAAUCAAAAGAAGAAGUUCAUCUUCGACUCCAAAAAGAAAACACUUCUCCUUCUCCAACUAACCACCCUCCUCCGCCACAUUUCCACUCUUACCACCGUCAAUUCCUCCACCCUCGCCACCUAGCUCUACGAUGACUGGCUAUGAUUAACAAUUCCCACAAAAGAAAAAAGAUGUUAAGAAAUAAUAAUAAUAAUAGCAAAGGAGAAAAAGAAGAGUUAGAGAAACUAACCGGACAACAACAAGUGUACUCUUUCAAGAAAGAUGCAUCCUCAAAAUUAAUUAGGUUGGCAAUAUGUUUAACGGUAUUCAUUGCUGGUGUUGCUACUGGUUUAGUUUCAAGCUCACAAUGGUCAACGGUUAGCUUAGAGAAUUAUAGCAAGAUCUACGCCACCGUCCGCGGCCGCGAUCCAAUAAUUAAUAAGUGCAGCUCUACUUCAAGGUGUGAGACGGUUGAUUGUUUGAGCUUAGAUAAUAUAAUUCAGCCAUAUAACUUGAGUCAUGAUUUAUCUGAUAAAGAGUUGGUAUGGAGAGCUUCAAUGGUACCUAAAGUUGUAGGGUACCCUUUUAAAAGGGUACCUAAAGUAGCCUUCAUGUUCUUGACAAGGGGUCCUUUGCCUCUCUUGCCUUUGUGGGAGAGAUUUUUUGCUGGUCAUGAAGCUUUUUUUUCGAUUUAUGUUCAUACACAAGCUGGAUUUGUGUUUGAUGUUUCUCCGGAUUCAGUGUUCUUCGCCCGCCAAGUUCCUAGUAAGGAAGUUUCUUGGGGUGAUGUAUCACUAGCAGAUGCAGAGAAGAGGCUUUUAGCCAAUGCACUCCUGGACUUCACAAAUGAGCGUUUUGUGCUCCUUUCUGAGAGUUGUAUCCCAGUUUACGAUUUCCAAACAGUUUAUAAAUAUCUGACUGAAUCUACACACAGUUAUGUGGAGUCAUAUGAUGAUAAAACCCGUUUUGGACGUGGAAGAUAUGAUCGACAUAUGAGACCCAAUAUAAUGGUAGAUGAAUGGAGAAAGGGGGCUCAAUGGUUCGAGAUAACACGAGCUUUGGGUGUGGAAAUAAUAUCAGAUAACAAAUACUACCAUCUGUUUAGAAAAUAUUGUCAUCCACCUUGCUUUCCUGAUGAACACUACAUUCCUACAUACCUCAACAAAUUCCAUGCAUCUGGUAAUUCUAAUCGCACCUUGACUUGGGUGGAUUGGUCUUUGGGAGGACCUCAUCCAACAACCUUUGUAAGAGAGAAUAUAACACAAGCUUUCAUAGAGAAUAUCAGGAAUUACAGGAAUAAGUGUUGGUAUAAUUCUAAGAGUAUAAAUGUAUGUUACCUUUUCGCUCGCAAGUUUGCUCCAAGUGCAUUGGACCCCUUGCUGGAUUUAAGCUCUAAGGUAAUGGGAUUUUGACAACUUUUAUUUGCUCUCACCAACUUCUUCUUUUCUUCUUAAAUCAAUAAACGAUACUAUUAUUUACUCAUCCUCUUAGGUAAUUACAUUCUUUUUUCAUUUCAUAAAUACGUCUUACUCUGUAUCAUUACACAUUUGUUGAUUUUUUGUCCUAGUUUCUUGUUUUGGAAUCAAGAUUUGUUGGAAAGGAACCCAAAUUAUAUCUGCUAAAUGCUUCUUUUAUCCUCCUAUACUAUUGGAUAUGUAUGUUCAAAAGUUUCCGGUUAUGCGUUAGCAAGGCUGUCAAGGUCGGGAUCCUACCUUGGAACGAAGAAGCGGGAUAGGAUCGGAUCGGUAGAAUUAGAUUGUCAGAUCGUAAGAUCCUACUAAAUAGUAAAAAUAAUGUUUGUAUUAUGAAAAUGCAAUGUAAAAUCAUGUAUUUAAGUAAUCUUAAUACUUAAAGAUCAUGUUUGCUCACAUAAGAUUAAUACUUGGGUAGAUUCAAGUGCAAUUAAUAAA